AUGGCGAUGGGAAAAAAAGGCAAGAGGCGCGUGUUGUCUAACGGAGAGGGAGGAGGAAACGCAAAGAAGGGGCAGGAUUCCCCUUUGAUUGAAAGGAUUUCUUGUGAGAAAAGGGUGGAGGAGUCAGGGGGCGAUGGUAGGAAGAGCGCGAAACCAGAUCUUCUUUCUCGGUUCGAACACGGCGCGAGACGCGACUUCUUCGGAGGGACGAAAUCACAGUCUUCUUCCGCAUUCCUGGCACUGAAGCGGAGCCUUUCUUCCGUUUCUGGCCGAGCUUCUCGCGACGGAAAGCCGCCUGCGAAACCCGCCUUAGACGGCACUCGACAGACCGAGGCCGCCCUCUCGCUGCCUGUCUAUACACCCCACGGGAAGUGGGCGCAGCGAGAAGGCGCCGAGCGAGAAGAGAAGGGGGAGCGAGACGUUUCCGCUUUCCUCCAAGGCGCGAAGCUCGACAAAAAUAAAAACGCGAAACGCAGAAAGCAGGCCUUCGAUGCAGACGCUUCGCACCACGAAGACCCAACGCCUGAGGCUGACUCUCUGAGGCCCUCGAAGAAACCGAAAACGCGAGAUCUCGCCUCUUCCUCAUCAUCUGUGCCUCCUCGUGAGGCGUACAAACCUCUGUUUGAUGUGGCAGAGACAGCGUGGAAGGUCGUUCGAAAGUGUCGUUCCUUGGCGGAGAGGCGCCGCGAGCUCGCCACGAUUUGCUCGGCGAUUCUGGGCGCGCCGGAAACCCACGUGAAGGAUUUCGAGGUGGUUUUUGCUUUCUUUUUUCACGCGAAAAAACGACAUCUGGACGUCUGCAGGACUUUGGCUGCGCUCGCUCGUGAGCGGGCCGCGCUCCUGCGGCGUCUCCCGAUGGAAGGCGAAGAAGUCGAGCGAUCGGCGAUUCCCCAGCUGCGCGCCUUGGCAGAGAAACGCCGCUUUCUGAGCACAACAGCAGAGGAAUGCGCGUACGUUGCUAGCGCCGCGCUCCUCUCUCUCGGGGCACUGUUGAAGGACGUUCUUCCCGGCUACCGCCUCGGUCUUGGCGGUGAGGAGGAAGACGAGGAAGAAGGCGAGAAGAAGGCGUUUCUCACGGGAAAAGCUGCCCUCAAAAGCUUCCGUCUGUCGAAGGAAGUCGAAAAACUCCGCUCCUUUGAGUCCCAGCUCCUCCAGGUGUACAGGCACUCCGUGCGGCUGAUCGAGACGGAGAUCCACGCGGCUCUCGCGGCCGACGCCCGAUGGCGCGGCGAGGCUGCCGGUGAGCGACGAGGAGGAAGAGGAGAAGGAGAAAACGAAGAAGACGGUGAUCGUGUGGAUGAUGCGGCUGGGGAGGGCGCAGAGAGACAGAAGAGAACAAAGGAGGAGACUCUCGCGUCGCUGUCGUCCUCGGCGUCGCUUCUCCACGCUGCCACGACUGCGCUCUGCGAGUUGGUUCGUGCGAGGCCGAAACUCAACGAAGGCGAUCGCCUCCUCAGCCUCUGUGUCCUCCUCGGGGGCGCAGCCUCCGGUCGAGCUGCAGAAGAAGAGGCAGAGGGAGGGCGGGGGAAGAAGGGAGAGAGAGAGCGCGCAGGAAGGCGGUUGAGGAGAUGUGUGCAGGAGUCGGCUUUGAAGUGCUGUGCGUGUCUGCGCGAGUUGGUCGCCGACGACUCGUCGCUGGAAAUCGUUCUCGCCAUCGCCAACGAGAUGUCGAGACGCCUCGAUGAAGCGGAGAAACGCCGGAAAGGCAGAGAGGCAGAGCGCGAAGCGGUUGCCGGUCUCAGUGCGCCGCUUCUGGAUAUUCUCCUCAGUCUGCGCCUCAGAGAAAAAGAGAUGGCAGCUCUGCGAGGCGACGAGCGCCUUCCCGAGAAGGCCGACAAGCAACUGAAGCAAAACUUACGUCUCGGAUUCAUUCACACAGAGAAGAAGGUCUUCAAAAAGCGAGAGGCCGCCUUGCUUGAACGCCUCUUCAUCAUCUUCCUCAGGAUUUUGAAGUCGCUCGAGCGGCAACCGCCUUCGCUGGUCACGGCGGCCUUCCGCGGGUUGGUCUGUUUCUCCUCUCAUAUCAACGCAGAACUCCUCAGCGAGAUUCUUCUUCUCUUUCAAGAGCUCCUCCUCCGGCCUUCCGCCAGCGCCACGGAGCAACUCUCCUCCGUUCUCUCGUCGUGGGGUGGAGACAGCGGAAAGCGGGAGGGAAGGAAAGCGAAGCGCGCACUGCGCGACGAAGAGGAAGAAGGCGAGCUCUCGCCACAUCUUCAAAAGUUCCCUGAAGUCGCAGCCGCAGCGAUCGCCACGCCUCUUCUCCUCCUCCAGCGCGUGAACGCCUUGCUCCAGACGGACGUCUCCUGGCUAGCAAGAGCGCUCUGCGAUUUGAUCGCCUCUUCCGUGCCGCAGUUCGCUGCCGGUGCCGCGCCUGUCUCGUCUGCGUCGCCCUCUGCGUACCUUCCUACGUCUUCUCUUCUCCAACCCUUUGACGCCGGCGCAUCGCCUUCGUCCUUCCUCGCGUGCAGUCCCUUUUCCGCUCUCGAGCCGGAAUUCGCCGCGCGGUGUCUUGAGUGCCUGGACUUGUUUCUGAAGGCGCCGCAAAUCUGGGGAGGCAAAGAGGAGCAGCACGAGGCCGCGCGCUUCGUGGAUCGCAGCCGCGCGACUUCCAAGGGGCACGCCGCCGUGCUCCGGCCCCUCGACGAAAUCGACUGUUACCCGUAUAUAAGCCGAACGGGUGGUGGAAUCGGAGGCGGGCUUCAUCGGCAGUCGCUGGACGGGGCACUGCAGGCUCUGCGCGAGCUCGUGCGCGUUGCUGCUCUCGGGGACCUUUUCAUUGGAGACGCGGUUCUCGCAAAGGUCUUUGAACUUUUGGAAAAUACGCCGCGCCUCCAGAGCGCAGUGGAGAGCGACGGCAUCGUGCUGAAGGGCGGCAGCUCCUCUCUCUCUCUUCACUUCCCCCUCUGUCUGCUCUCUUCGCAUGUCCACCCGAGGGUGCGCGCAACCGCGGCGAAGUGCUUGCGCCUCUCGACUGAGGACGACGUCGUCCCGCGUCUCAAGAGAAAAGAGCAACAACUCUUCCUCUCUCCCGCUUCGCCUCCGUUCUCUGCUCCCUUCUCGUCCUUUUCUCCCCCGUCUUCUGUAGGCUCCGGGUCAGACAGUGCCUUUGCUCGGAUCUCCGGACCUGUCGCGUCUCCUUCGCAUUCUUCGGUUUUAACGCAAAAGAAAGACGCGUUUUCUUGUGAGGGCGACACCGACGAGGAGGCAGCGAUGAGCGAGGACGAGCGGAGAGAGAGAGAGGCGAGAAGCCGGGCGUUUUUGGAGGAGGCGGAGAAGGACAGGCAGAAGCAGGCGGCGCGAGACUUCCGAGAAGGACAGUGCAACAAAAACGUCUCGACGGCAGAAGACUUCAGCUUUUUCUGCGCAUCAGACGACGAGGCGUUUCUCCAGUUUGUCUUCGGCUCAGCGCCGCCGCCUCUUGCCUCGCUGCCGCGGAAGAAGAGAAAAGAAGAAAAGAGCAAGAAGCAAGACCAGAAAGAAGACGCUGGCACUGCGGCUGCGACCGAGUGCCCGCGGGCGGUUUGCACGGCGGCGAAGUCGGCGAAGAAGAAAAAGAAGAAGGCGAAGAAGAGAAGCGUGAGCGAAGGCGGGGCCUCGGGAGGUGAGGUUGAGGGCGAUGGCGCCGCCGCAAAUGCCACAAAGAAGAGGAAUGAGCGCGACGAAGACGCAGAAAGACUCUGCGAGUUUGGGCAGAAGCCGGGCGAAGCAGAGGCCGCGCUGGAGACUCCUCGCGAGGCUUCGGGGCCUGCGAAGAAGAAGAGAAAGAAGAAGAAGAAGGCCGCAGUGGUGAACGGGGAUCCGGAGAAGGGCGAAGAAGCAGUUAGAAGCCUCCACCAAGAGGCGCUAGUCGAGAAAGCGGAGGCUGGCGAGCAAGCGUCGGGUUUCCUUUCUUCUGUGGGUCUUUCUGUGGUGGAGGAGGGACAGAGGAGAAGCGAAGACGGCGAAGAAAACGCACAGGAAAUUGAAGCAGGCCCCUGCGACGACGACGACGACGCAGGCGGCCCUUCUGUCGUCGCUUCUCAGCCUCCGACGGGCGACGAGAGAGAGGAAACGCCCGCGAAACAUAGGGAAGAGGCGGAAGACCUCGGAGGUGAGGCAGGACAGGACGAACGGGCGGAGACGCCGGCUCACGCCGAUGUGCCUAACGGAGACGCGAAGGCUGCGUGUGGAAACAGACAAAGCGAGCGGGCGAAUCCGCAGAGGAGUGCCCAGGAGAGGCAAAGUCGAGGAAGCGAGGGAGAAGACGACGAAGCGAGAGAGGCGCACGCGGGAGGAGUAGCGGACCGGGAAGUGGCCGACGUUCGCGAGGAAACCGCCGCGGCAGCUGAGGAGGGAAGGACAGCGGCCGUGGAAGAAGCCGCGGAAGUCGAGGACGCAGGAGACGCGAACGAACAGACGGAAGAGAAGGACAACGAGAAAGAAGGGAAGAUGGAAGAGAAGCCCGCGAACGACGAGCAGCAGCACGUGGAAUCAACACAGGACGAGGAUCCCCUGACAAUGCGAAAGAGCCUCACCAAAGAGGACGCUGCAGGCGCUUCGUCCGGGGCCGCGGAUGCGACGAAACACAGAGAGGAAGCGCGAGUGCUGGCUGACGAGGCGCGUGCUGGGAGCGAAAGCCAGGAGGGUGGAGCAUCGCGUGGAGAACUAGAGGCACGCGUGGACGCGGCAGAAAGCGAGGCCGAGAAGGGAGGCGCGUCAACUGCCCAUGAGGGCGAGAAGGCAACGCAGGAAAUCGUCUCGACAGCCAGCGCAACCGUGGCUCAUGAGGAACUGGCUACGUCCCGAGAGUCGCAGUGUGCGUCUGCGUUUUCUUCCGCCGCUCCACCGUCGUCGGGUCUUAACGCGUCUUCCCCGUCUUCAGGUCCCUGUAGGAGGCUCUGUGACGACAAGGAAGAUCCCGACGAGAUGCACAAGCGCAGCCCGGCGCGGCCUUCUCGUACCCCUGUGGCGCCUGGCCCAAAACCCGCCGAGUUUUCUGCAUCCGACCCUCGUCCUCGGGGGUCUACCCUGUCCUCUUCGAAUCCGCCGUCUCCGUCCAGCGCUGUCGCUUCUCGGUUCGCUUCUUGUCUGUCCUCUUCUCUCGCUGCUUCGCCUGCGUUCUGUUCCCCGUCGGCAUCGCCCUCUUCGUUUCUCGCGUCGGCACGUCCACCCGCUUCGACCGCCUCUCUCGCUCCGCCUCCUGCGAUGGCGGCUCCUGUCACUUCCUUGGCCGCGGUUUGCUGUGGGCCACGCCGCUCCUCUUCCUCGGCUUCGCCGCGUGCGUCGGUCGCUUCUCUGUCCGCUGGAGCGGCGCCUUCGCCCCCCGGUUCUUCGUCCACAUCUGCUUCUCGCCUCGCCUCUCCGCCACCUUCGAAUCGGCCAUCCUCUCGCGCGCUCUCUCCCACCUCAUCCGGAUCUUCAUCCGCGUCUUCUGUUUCAUCUUCCUCCUCUUCCUCCUCGCCGCCUUCAUCUUCCUCUUCUUCACCUUCCUCGUCUUCACCUUUUUCUCCUGUUGUUCGCACGCCUGCUACCCGCGCCUCUGUUUCGGGUCUCUCGUCGUCGGCCGCUACAGUGUCUAGACAGCAAAGCGCUUCGCCUGAGUCGUCGGGGAAGAGGCGAGCUUCGUCGUAG